GGCAAAGUGCCUAGAGACAGGUGAAACUGUUGCCAUAAAGAAGGUUCUUCAAGACAAGAGGUAUAAGAACCGAGAGCUGCAAACCAUGCGCCUUCUUGACCACCCAAAUGCUGUCUCUUUGAAGCACUGUUUCUUCUCAACCACUGAAAAGGAUGAACUUUACCUUAAUUUGGUGCUUGAGUAUGUUCCUGAAACAGUUCAUCGUGUGAUCAAACACUACAACAAAUUGAAUCAAAGGAUGCCACUGAUAUUUGUGAAACUUUAUACAUACCAGAUCUUUAGGGCCUUAUCAUAUAUUCAUCGCUGCAUUGGAGUAUGUCAUCGGGACAUUAAACCUCAAAACCUUUUGUUGAUUCUAUCAGCAAACAAUAUAUGAAGCUAUUGGCAGUCAGCAGUACAAUUGCCUGAGGGAGUGCAACAUUUUAGUUGUACCACAAUCUAGUACAGAUUAUUGGACAUAGACUUACUAAUAAUGUAUUAUAUUUGCAAACAUGUGGCU